CAGGUAUGAUGAAAAGAAGUAAUGAAGGUAUAGGAGGAGAAAAUUAUGCAAGUAGCCCGAGUGACGAUGGACAACAAAAACGACGCAAAAUUCAAUUCGAACCGGUCCGAAUGCCCGCUGUUAGCAACGUGAACGAUAUAAGAGCUCGUGCCGUAGUUUAUCAGACAUCUAAAUUAAAGCAGCAAUUGUUGUACAAAAAUAAGCGAAUAGCCGAAUUGGAAAAAGAAAAUGAACGGUCCAAGAGGCGGCAGCAGACAGACGAAAGCAACUUUCUGAAGGUUUAUAAUAUGUUCUCAGAUAUUGAGAAAUACAUAUGUACACAAACUAAGAAUGAGUUUGGAGAAUACAUCGGAGGAGACACUGCACCAACUGGUAUAGACGUUCUUGGAAUGACUAAUGAAACAUAUAACAAGUUCUUUGAUCAGGCAAAGCAGAAUUUACGGAAUGCAUUCGUAUCGUAUGCUAAAGCGCGCCACGAUCGGGCUCACGAAUCCACCAUUUUCAUCGAUAAACUAAAAACAUUGAUCGAUUCUCCUACCUUCAAUCCAAAUGGUGUCCAUAAGGAGCUUACAGCCAAAGCAGCAAGUUUAGCUAUACAAAAUGAAAAGCUUCAAUCCGAAGUUACCAAAGUUCAAAGCGAUUGUUACAAUUUGGAACGGAAAAAGCGUAUUCUAACGGAUAAGCUUUCUGUACAAGAGAACAGAGUUCAAGAAUUAGAACAUCAAUUGGAAGAUGCCCGAUUUGAAACUGACAAACAUAUGCGUCUUGCUAACAAAUUUGAGUACAAACUAGCCACCCUCGUCUCGGAGGGACAGUCUGGAGGGAACGGAGGGGCGACACCGUCUUCGUCGGGUACAACAAAUGCUACUGAGAAGAAGAUAUCAGCUCCAGAUAUUCCACCAAGUGAAACAGCUGCAAAAGAAAUCGAAAAUCUGCGUCUUGAACGAGAUGAACAGGAAUCCAUUGCAUCACGACGCCUUCAAGAUCUCGAGGAGAUGAAUAAAAAAGUUCAAACAUUAACACAGGAAAAUAGCAAGCUAAGACUAGAGACACAAACUUUCUUCUCUGUGGAUUCAAUUGUCAACUCGGAGGAAUACAAGAAUCUUAAAAAGUACUACUCAUUAGCAAUUAAAGAAUACGAGCGAGUCAGCAAAGAUCUUGAAGAUAUCACAACAGAACGUGAUGCUUUCCGCAGUGCAAAGGAAGCUCGUGCAAUGCUAAUGUCUGAAGAACAUCAGAAGACGCUGAAGGAAAUUCAAUGUCAAUCGGAUAUUCACAAUUCUUUCUACAAAGUAUCUCAUGACAGUGAAGUUCUACGCUGCGAAUUCGAAACUGUUAAGGAAGAAUAUAAUAAGACGGUGAAGCAAAGCGAGUGGGAUGAAAUGAAAGCAACUUUGAAUACUCUACGAUCUAUGAAUAGAUCGUUAAAAUCAGAGAAAAUUCGUUUGCGCGAAAAGGAUAAGCAAUCUCAAAAAGAUAUCAACACUCUCAAGUCUGAGUUAACUUCACUGAAAGAAGCCCAGGAUAAAUGUCUACUUGUUCCUCUUGAAGACGUUAGUAAUGCUCCACCGGAAGAUGUUAAUAAAAUUCGUCAAGAAUACGAAUCUUUGUGUAAAGAAGUAAAACGACUGGGAGCAAUGGAAAAACAGGAGAAGCAGAAACAAGUCGAAAAUUUACAGAAAGAAGUCAAUCGUCAAAUUGCUGAUAAAUUGUCCGAAUUGGAGACUCUUCGUAAGACCAAUGAAAUGCUGACUAAUGACGAAGAAUGCAUAUCUGAUGAGUUAGAAGCCAUUGGAACAGCUGUAGAAGAAGAACAAGAACGGAAUGCUCAACUGUACAUUGAGAAGCGGGAACAGGAGGAUCGAAAUCUGAAAAUGAUGAAUGAUCGAAUGAUUCAGAAUCAGACAUUUAAUCGAUUGCGUGAAAAAUUGUCUUGUUUGGAAAGUAAAGCACAAACAGAUGCUCAAAUAGCAAAAAUGCACGAAUUUGAGAAGAAAGCAAAUGAAGAGUUGGUAACUAAACUGUCGGAAUCAGUUCAGUUCAAAUCUGCCGAAUUAACACGUCUCACAAACUUGAUGGAACAACAUAGAAAGAACAUUCAAGAAGUUGGAAUGUCACGAGACGAAAACCAAAUUAAAGCGGAUCGAUGUGAAGGUCAAAUGAAGCAAAUUCAAGAAUUAUACGCUGCCAAGGCACGUGAAAUCGAAGAUUUUAAAUUCAAGAGACAACGUGCUGAAGAGGAACUUGAGACGCUUCGAAUUAAAUAUGAACGAGUAAAACGAAAUGAGUCUGUACCGGCUCAAAGUGGUGAUCAAGUCCUCGAGGAAGCGAAUCGACAAAUGAAAGAAACACUGACUUGUCCAUCAUGUAAAACGAGGCCAAAGGAUUGUAUUAUGCUCAAAUGCUAUCAUUUAUUCUGUGAAACUUGCAUUAAGACUAUGUACGACACUCGUCAACGGAAAUGCCCGAAAUGCAACAGCAACUUCGGAGCCAAUGACUUCCAUCGUAUUUUCAUCUAGAACCGCCAUUAAAUUAUUUAGUAAAUUUCCUCAUUUUCUCAAUCUCUCAGUUCAACAUGGGUUUCUGUCCUCCGUUUUCUCUGUUUUGGUCCCUUCCCCUCCCCCCACCUCUCACAGCGCAAUUUCUAAGCUUCUAUCUUAAACUGUCUCAUCCUAUCAAGUUAUUGAAUCACUAUCUCUAUAGUUAGUCGGCUUAUAUUAUUUGAAUUCUGUUCUGAUACUCUGAAUCUCCGUGAUGAUGCCACGGCACGCACACAUCCACAAGUUUAUGAACUUUGUUGAAGUUGAUAUUGAUAUAAUUUUGAAGUUGUAAAUUCUUAUGUUUUUUCUCAUUUUAUUAAAAAUGUAUAGUAAUAGUUAUUCUUGUUUCAAAAAUUAUGCAUGAUGAUAAUAUAUCAAAGUUCUGAAUGUUGACUAGAUUCUGUUGGUGCUCCACCUCCUUGCAUAAAUGGGCA